AUGGAGCAUUCGUCAUCCUCGUUGCUGUCGCGCACGGCAAGCUCUAGCGCACAACCGCGUAGCCGCUCGCCACUUGCGUCUACCUGUAGCGCAGGCACUGCAACAUCCUCUAGCGAAUCAGUUGCGCAGUUGAUGAUCUUCGAAGCUCGACGUCUACUAGCGCAUUGCGAAGACAGCUUGGAUCUGAGAGGGGUCCUGGACGACAUUUGCAAGAAGCAGCGCGAUUUGCGAUCUCGCGUACCCAGUGACCCUAACUUAAGACCCUUACAGCCCAACCCAGCGCCGGACGCGCAUGCGCAUGUCAUCCCUGCUUUGCAAGAUGUCGUUGAAGUAUUGCCACACACAGUAGAGGAACUUACCGCUGCGCAGCUACGCAGAGUUUUCGUGUUUAUCACUACGUCUGGUCGCGCGCAGCCAGAGCCGCAAGCUGCAGAUACUACGCUUCUAACACCUGAGCAACAGCGCCACAUCGCGCGUAUCGUUUUUCAUAUGCGUAAGCUUGCAGCCGUGUUGGAUUGCGCCAAUAACAUCUUCCUCAAUACCCAGACCUUGCUGCUGCGCCCGGACAAAGCCAGUAUAUCAUAUGCGAGGUACAUGGCGUACAUUCAUGUAAUUCAGCACGUUAUCACAGGCAUCACGGUACACCGCGACAUCAUCAGUGAGGUUUUGCUAUCGCACUUUUUCACGCGCUCGCAAUCGUUUCUUGACGCGCUAGUUGGUUGCCAGAUUAGCGAAAGCGUAAUCAUGGAAAAGCUUAUGGCCGCGUCAGCCGCAGUUGCGCGUGCUAUCCGUCUUACGCGCACGCUUGAGUACUAUCAGAUGGAAUUUGUCAUGACGCAUCUACGGCAGAAAAUCCCCUUCGUACCGACCACCUACAUCCAAGCACUUAGAUGGUGGCAGAAAAACUACGAGGAACAACUCCAUGGUCCGCUUACCGAAGACUAUCUGGAAAUUGCGCAUAGUGAAGAUCCAUUCGCGCAACAACAAAAGGAACGAUUUGUACGAGUAGAAUUUCAUGAUGAUCAGCCUCAAGUCGCUACAACACCAGCCGCGCCUAACAUCAGCGCGUUUUCGCCAGGAACCCAGCCAAUGCAGACAGAACAGGCCAUCCGAAGCACCCAAGCACCGCAGUCUCCAGCACCUUCGCCAUUUGAGAGUCGCUCGAGUCCAGUAAUUAUACCAUUGACGCGUAUGUCAACACCAAUCACAGAGCUUGAGAGGAACCAGUCCAUUCCACCAGUCCUUUCGCCUCAAGUUAAUCCUGUCGCGCGGGAGGGCGGACUAGAGUCCUCUCAGCAACUCGAGGCGGCCGAACCUAGUUCGGCGUCUACUGGACGGUGUGGACUUUUACCGCCAUGUGUUUUUUGUGAAGGUUAUGGACACUUCAGUGCCGACGGCAGUGUGGUAACAUCCAUGUCUAAGAGGAUUGAAGUUGCGCUGGAGAAAGGAUUUUGUUCGGUAUGUCUCAAGAAGCAUCACGGAAAAUGCAAGAAGCGAUACUAUUGUUGGAACUGCGGAGGAGAACGUCACCAUUGCGCCUUUUGUAUGAAGAACACCCAAAUUGUGCGUGACAUGGAUUGGUUCCCAACGCACGAAAAAUUUUAUGCUUGGCUGGACGCAAAUACCCAUCCCCCAAUACCAUCUGGGAGUUUUGCUUUGCCGCGCGCUGAAACAUCGCAGCCUCACCGCCGCGCGCGCGAAUAG